AUGGAUCAGAAUGAACGGCCCAGGAUAACUGUUAUUAUUCAUAAAAUUGUCAUUGGCUUGACUAGAAACAAUUCUUGGAAAACCGACAAAAUUAAACUUAAUAUUCCAACUAAUAAGAUAAUUAUAAAUAAUUCAGUUGUCAAAAAAGAUUUAGACUUAGAAAUUUUAAAAUUUUAA